AUGGCCAUCCAAAAUAUAAAAGUCGCUCCGAUCACCAAAAAAACUCAAGCCAAUAAGAAUUCCCUCUGUUUUUGUCAGACCGUAUCACCAAUUUUCUUCUUCAUAAAAUGCUUUGGAAUACUACCUGUCACAACUACACAUGAAAACAACAAGUGCAUCUUCAAACGAUCUUGGCCAUGGACUAUUUACUGUGGAAUCGUUUUCAGUCUGUACAUGUACCAGAUAAUAGUAAAUGUCGAUUAUGAGAAUAUCCUGACCAACAAGUCUCUGAUCGUUCUUCUAAAUCAGAUGACUAACGCUGUCUACGCACACUAUGUUCUGAUCAUAGUACUGGCAGCUUAUAUCAAGCUCCCUAAGUACACCACAACAAUGAACAAAUUCGCACAAGUGUUUAAACACGGCAUACUGUGCCAGUCUGCCAGGAGAAUAGUCCUCACAACGCAGUACUGCAUUAUCUCCUUGUUCAUAUGCCUAGCUGCCUCACAAGCUGGCCUUUACUACUGGUUGCACCAGUCGGAGACUCAUCAUACCAAUUUCAGCAUCUCUGACUUCUUCUUCAGGUUCUCGCAAACGAUCUCCCUGGUUUUCUACUCGAAGUUCUUCGGCGUUGUAGCAGUGAUCAUAGGAGGAUUUGCAUGCUUCGAGAAACUUCUCAUCAGCAGUUUGAAGUACACUCCUGUGCAUCCUUUGGCUGGAAUCGAUGAGACCAAUAACGAGAGGGAUUUCCUUGGAGUCAUUCACUAUAAGCUUUGUAGGAGCGAACACCAUAUUCUGGCUGAAUUUUCGACGCUGACUGCAGCUGAACUUGUGGAGUACUUGAGGAUGUACCAUGAAGAUUUAUGUUUGUGCAUUUAUGCCUGGAAUGACUGUAUAGAUCCGAUGUUUUUGAUCCAUACUGUCUUGGAGCUUGCUAUUCUUAUCAUCCAUUGGUACGCUGUUGUUGCUCAUGUGGUUUAUAACUUCAAGAGUCCGAUGGCUUCAACUAUUCACAUACUCAACUGUGUGUUUGCUAUUUUUCACACCUACGGACUUUAUUUGUUCCUGAAGAAUGCACAGAAUAUCAAGAAUAUGAUUCAAGGACUGACAAAUUUUCUUCUGGAAUAUUCCACCAGGAUUUCCAGUCUUGAUGAACACCAACAGGUUCGUCUUUUCAUUGAGAAACUGAAGAAUCAUCGUCCCUUCACGGCAAGUGGAGUUUUCACAAUUGACCUAGGAAUUGCAGGACCAAUAUCAGCUAAUAUUUUGACUUACGUAUUAGUAGCUCUUCAGUUCGAGAUACCAAAAGAGUGA